AUGAGUUAUCCUCAGGUGCCAGAAGGCUGGAGAGCCGCUUAUGACGAAAGUUAUAAAAGAUACAUCUAUACAAACGUUACUACAAACCAAACGCAGUGGGAAGAACCAAGAGGUACUAUUUGGGUAUCAAACGGUUAUGGUCCACCUCCCCCCCUCCUCCGGCUUAUGGUCCCCCACCUCCUAUAUAUGCUCCUCCUCCAGUAUACGCUCCUCCACCUCCGGUAUAUGCAGCUCCUCCUCCUCCACCACCACCUGGUCCAAGAAUGGGCAUGGGCUCUGGUGCGGUUAUGGGUGCAGCUGCCGGUUUCCUAG